UGCCUUCUUCUCACGCCAUAAACCCCACAAGAACACUCUUUCUUAAGCCCUUAUGCAUGGUGGUGGCCCUUUAAAUCCCAUCAAUUUCUUCUCCUUUUUCUUAUCAUCCAAACACUGCCUGCCUAAAGCUUCAUGCUUUCUCUUCCAUCAUGCCCUUCAUUUUUCUAUUUUCAUUCCCCUCUCCACCAUAGCUAACCAGAAGAGAAAAAAACAAUGGAUCAAACUAACUUUCUCUUCGAGUUCAAGUUCGUUUCUUCCUUGUGCCUUCAUAACUUCUUGAAUCUUCUAUGUCAAGAAACAGUGUCCUUUCUCUCCGUCUUCUCUUCGGAUCCCCUGUUUCAUUGCGUCGUGACGUUUUGUACCUUGGUUUUCCUCUAUUUGCCGAACCUUUUCUUGAAGGUAGUGUUAUCGCCGGUUCUCAUUCUCACUUCGAUUCUCCUUCUCUCCAUUCUCCGCCUCGGUGCAAUUCAGAAGUCAAGACACGAUACGAGGGAAAAUCAAAGGAAGCACGACGAAGAAUCCAUCAUUUAUGAAGAAAACAGAGGAAGCAAAUGCAGGGGAGAGAAACAGAGUUCGAGUCCCAUCGAACCCAACGAAACAGAGACGACAGAACAAGUGCACCAACGGGUUCAUUCGGAAACCGAGGUCGAUUCCGACGUGGGUUUUGAGCCAAGUUCGUGUUUUAAGGAGUGGAACGUUAAAGCGCCGUUGGAGGUGAUAUAUGAGGAGUAUGGUGAAGGUGAAGAUGCAGGUGAUGAUGCAAACGAGAGCGUGGGUAUCGUAAGGUACCCUUCGUUGUCGCGGUUUUACCCAGAAUCGGAUUCGGAUAGCGAAUCGGAUAGUGAUUUUCCGGCGAUCGGAGAUUGGGACUCACCGGAGGACGUUGAGUUCAGGUGGGGCCAAGAAGGAGAAGAAGAGGAGGAGGAAGAAGACAGAGAAGGGUUGAUUGAGAUAGCACUUGAUGGAUUCAAGAGGAAGAGGGGGAUGGAGUUUCAUUUCGAUGAAGAGAAUUUGAUUGAGAUUGAUAUUUCACCGUCAAGGUACAGAGAACUUUCCGGCGACGAGGAAGUGUUUUCCGGUGAGAUAAGUUGCAACUAGUGUGACACUAAUUCGAGAUUGACAUAGUGGAUUAUUGUGUUUUUUGGGGUCGGUGAAAAGGGAAACCGGAGAAUAGAAAUCUGUGUUUUCUUUUUUUAAAGUAGGGUUUUGAAGCUUCUGUUGACGUUGUUACAUUUUUAUUAAAUUUCAUGAUCCUGUAGAAUAAUUUACUAAACCCAAACUUCAAAGACUUCUUUAAUGAUGUAUUCUUGUGUAGGGUUCUUCCUCUUCCUGGAUCCUUCCACACCCAAACAAUAAUAUUAAUGUGUUGCAGCCAAAUUUGAAGGUA